AUGGCCACUGCCAUGCAAGACGACCAGUAUCGCUCGAUGCCCCCUAUUGGCGGCGAAGGCUGUCGCCCUCCUGGGGAUCCCUCCUUACAAACGGCCCGGUCUGUCGAUCCUCACUCCUCCGUGGAGGACUACAGCCGAGUCAUGCUGGAAUACACCCAACGCCGGAUGGCAGACUUUGCCGAUCUGGACGACGACAAGGGAUCCUUUAGCCGCAGCAGUCGCAGCAGCCAAACCAGCGGCAGCAGCGGAAACUCGACCAGCGGCCUGCUUGCCCGUCAGGCUGCCGGCGCGACCAGUGCGACCCAUGACAGCUCCGAGGCCAGACACAUGUCGGGCGUGAACUCUGCCAACUUGUCCUUCUGA